ACUUCUCCACAACUCUCUCAGCAUACACUAAUACAUCCUCUCCAGCCUCUUUCUUCUUUCGUGCCCUAAUUCACCUGCAAUUAUCAUGGCUGUUGUAACCACAAGCCACGAGUACACUUGCAAAGUUCCCCCAGCAAGGAUCUUCAAGGCCUUGGUGCUCGACGCCCACAACCUCAUUCCUAAGGUUAUCCCUUCCAUCAAGAGCAUCGAAAUCGUCCAUGGAGAUGGCGGUGCCGGCAGCAUUAAGCAAACCAAUUUCGCCGAUGGCAGCCACUUCAAAUACAUGAAGCACAGAGUCGACGAGGUUGACUCCGCCAACUUCUUCAGCAAGACCACUUUGAUCGAGGGCGAUGCGCUGGGCGACAAGCUCGAAUGCAUUGUUUACGAGAUCAAGAUCGAGGCUGCUGGCGCCGGAAGCGUGACCAAGAGCACCAGCCAUUACCACCCCAAACCCGGCGUUGAGCUGAAGGAAGACGACAUCAAGUCCGGCAAGGACAAGGCCACAGGCAUCAACAAGGCUGUUGAGGACUACCUCGUUGCCAACCCUGAUCUCUACGCUUAGAUUCGUUGCAUCUUAAUUAAUAUUAUCGUCAUACUGCUGCUGUUGCUCUUAAUUUGUCCUACAAGAGUUGAUAUAUAUAUAUAUAUAUAUAUCAUGUGUGUUUUUCAAUUUUGAUUUUUUUUUAAUUUAAUUGAUAGAAUACUAAGGCUUGGUAAUAAAAGACCUCAAUGUUUGGGGUCCCUUGGCUUGAGAAUUUGUAUGUAUUUGUGAAUUUUGAUGAAUACUAUGAAUCAAAUAUAUAUUUGUGUCCUGCUCUA